AGCGGCCGCCCGCGCAGGGGGACGCGGCUCCCUGCCUCGGGCGUCGAGGUGGGGGCGGCCGAGGCGGCGCUGCCGUCCCGCCCCGCCCCGUCCCGCGGGGCGCCCGCAGCCGCGGUCCCGCACACGGUCCGGGCGCCGCCACUGGGGACUCCCCGCGGGCGGGGCGGGGCGGGGCGGGCCCGGCGCUAAGAUGGCGGCUAAGGGCUCGCACUCACACGUGAAGCUGGAAGGGGAGAUCGAGCGGUGCCGGGCGGAGGGGCAGUGGGCGCCGCUCCGGCACCUGGCCCAGCAGCUGCUGCCGCCGGCGCGGCCCCCGCGCAAAGCGGCGGCGGCGGGGGGCGCGCAGGACGCGGAGGACUAUGGGAGUAUGCUGCUUGCAGAGGCUCUGCUGGAAGAAUGCUUGAAGGAAAACUUCGCCAAACUGAAGGACUCUGUUCCACUGACAGAAAAGAAUGAGCCAAAACUGGGUGAAGCUAAACGUUAUUUGACCAAUAUCUUAAGCAGAGGAAAACUACGACCUAAGUAUAUGACAGAAGCUAUGCUGAUCCUAGGAAAGCUUCAUUAUGUGGAGGGAUCCUACAGAGAUGCCAUCAGCAUGUAUGCAAAAGCAGGAAUCGAUGACCUCUCAACAAAAGAUGAACCUCUCUAUAUGCUGCGUUUGGUAACUGAAGCCUUCGUUAUUAAAGGUCUGUCACUGGAGCGCUCAACUAACUCAGUUGCCUCACGUGCUCGACUGUGUGAAAGGGAGGAAGAAGUCAUGGCUUGUUUUGAGACAGCGUGUGUCAUUGCCCAGGUGUACUUGCAGGAGCUUGAAAAGACCUUAAACAACACACAUUCAAGGAGUAUCAAGGGCAGCAACGUGACUUACUCUGAGUUUGAACUUUCCUACUUCCUGGAAGCAGCUCUACAGAGUGCCUAUGUGACUCAUUUAAAGAAGGGAAAUAUUGUGAAAGGAAUGAGGAGUCUGCGAGAAAUACUACGGACUGUGGAAACAAAAGCUACUCAGACCUUCAAAAUGACUGCAGCCAAACAGCUAGCCCAAGUACUUCUCCAUUCCCUCAGUGAAGACUGUUACUGGAGCCCUUUAUCUGAUCCACUUCCUGAGUUCAUGAACAAGGAAGAUCAGUCUUAUGUUAGCAAUCUUCUUUGUCGGAGGCCUGAGCUGUACACAGAAGAGAAUGCCUACUGCCCUCAAGACAACGUAGAAGAGGCUCUUCUUCUCCUCUUAAUCAGUGAAUCCAUGCCUUGGCAGCGCUGGCUCUUACAACUGGGGAUUCUGGCUAAUGCAGUCCACCAGACAUACCAGGCAAACCGGGACGCAGUGAUCAGCCGAGCCCCAGACCAGCAGGAUGACCGAGCUGUCAGCCUCCAGGAUGCUUCUGCAGUCUAUGACCUCCUCAGUAUCACGCUGGGCAGAAGAGGGCAGUACGUCAUGCUGUCUGAGUGCUUGGAGAGAGCCAUGAAGUUUGCAUUUGAUGAAUUUCACCUCUGGUACCAGCUUGCCCUGUCCAUGGUGGCUUGUGGAAAGUCAGCAUAUGCUGUGUCAGUACUCAAAGAGUGUGCUAAACUGCGACCUACAGAUCCCACCGUUCCUCUUCUGGCUGCCAAGGUCUGCAUUGGGUCGCUGCACUGGCUGGAAGAAGGAGAACACUUUGCUAAAAUGGUGAUAGACUUGGGUGAGGAUGCUGGAGAGUCCUUAGCAAAGGGUUACCUGGCACUGGGCCUGACAUAUAGUCUUCAAGCUACUGACGCUACUCUGAAGGGCACUCAGGAUGAAUUAAACAAGAAAGCACUUCAGACUUUGGAAAGAGCACGUGACUUGGCCCCGGAAGAUCACCAAAUCAUCCUCUACCUAUCACUGCAGCUGGCUCUUGUCAGACAGAUUUCUGAUGCUAUAGAACAUCUUCAAGAAGCACUGCAACUGUGCAAAGAUGACAUGAAUUCACUUCAUCUACUGGCCCUCCUCUUUUCAGCUCAGAAGCACUAUCAGCAUGCACUGGAUGUUAUCAACAUGGCUGUUGUGGAAUACCCGGAAAGCUUUAGCUUACUUUUCACCAAAGUAAAACUGGAAUGGAUACAUAAAGGACCUGAAGAGGCUCUGGUGACAUGCAGACAUAUGUUGCAGAUCUGGCAGAUGGUAUAUAAUGUUUUACAGCACAGUGGCUCUGAGAAAGGAAGUAGUGUGACUGAAACACCAGUGAUCAAAAAGCAUAACGGACUGCAUCUCAUGCUCCCGGAAGCUCACGAUACCGAUUCUGGAUCACAGCGAGCCUCUUCCCUUGCUGCAUCAAGGCUGGAACAGGCCAUGUCUGAAAUAACUAUGCAGAGCAGCGCAAUGAAGCAAGGACCCAUGCAGCUGUGGACAGCUCUUGAACAAAUCUGGCUACGAGCUGCUGAACUCUUCAUGGAACAACAGCAUCUCAAAGAAGCAGGUUUUUGUAUCCAGGAGGCAGCUAGUCUUUUCCCCACAUCUCAUGCUGUACUGUACAUGCGUGGGAGGCUUGCAGAGAUGAAAGGCAAUUUGGAGGAGGCUAGGCAAUUGUAUGAUGAAGCGCUCACAGUGAAUCCAGCUGGAGUGGAAAUUAUGCACAGCCUGGGCCUGGUGCUGAGCAGGCUUGGGCGGAGGGACCUGGCCCAGAAAGUCCUCAGAGAUGCCAUCCAGAUCCAGACCACCAGUCACAGGGCCUGGAACAGCCUUGGAGAGGUCUUGCAAGCUCAGGGGAAAAACGAAGCAGCCAUCGAAUGCUUCCUCACCGCUCUGGACCUCGAAUCCAGCAGUCCUGUCAUCCCAUUCACUGUCAUACCCAGGGAGCUCUGAAGCCUUGCCCUGCAGCUAAGCCGGUUCAUUCUGUGGACAGACACCAAAAUCAAACAAAUGCAGAAAAAGCCCAACAGAAAAGUGCCAUUGUAACCUGGAGCUGGGCAGAAUAAUUCAAGGACAGGGCUCAGGUCUACAUGCUUACCUGAGACAAGCCUAGCUGUAGAAGAAUUUGCGACAGGCAGAAAUAGAGAAUGCCUUUUUUCUUCACAGGUGCCUGGCUAACCUCCUGUUCAAGUUAAUAUCAAGGCUUAUUUCAGAGUGUUGGUUCAAGGUGACUGUCUAUAGAAAGAUCAUGCUGGAGUACAGCUGUUCAAAGCACUUGCACCUUUCAAUUUUCAUUAAAGAUAAAAACCCCAGGCCCUGAAUUAAAGCCCAGGCCUGCUCUAAACAGGAGUAAAUGUACCAGCUAACUUGACCAAGCAUGUGGCUGCCUCCACACCGAUCUAACAGGAUAGGAAUGACAAUUAAACCGUAUAGACACGCAGUAUAUGCCGUUUACAAAAUUAUUUCAGCUAUUUUAAUAAUCUUUUUUCCUGCCUUGCUCUUAUGUACUGCAUAUGCUCACUAUAUUUAGUGUGGCGCUUGCCUAGAGCAAUGUAAAUUGAAAAUACUUUUUUUUUAAAAAAAAGCUGCUAUUGCAAUAUGAGUCACAAAAGCAGAAAGACCAAAGACGAAAUCAGUUCACAGUUGAACUAGUAUUAAAAACAUAUAUGUAUCUCUAAUUACAUAUUUAUUGAAAGGCCUUACAUGAAGUGGCUAAUUAUACACUCUGAGCUUCAUUCUUAUUAAUCAACUAUUGCAUCACUUUUAGUGAGGAAUAUAGUGAUUACCAGUAUAUAGUGACUGAAUUCUGUGCUCUGUUGCAUUACUGUUCCUAGCACAAAACAUUUUCAUAUCCAUCUUUUCAUGAUGGAAAAGAUGGCAGCAGUCUUUUAAGGGAAAGUAUGCUGAAGGCUGUACAUGUACAUAUGAAUUGCUUCUUUCUUAAAACCAAAUCUUUAGAUUGUCUGUAGAAAUGUCACAUUAGAGGUACGGAGUUGCACCUCCAGCAGCAGAGCGGGAUCAUUUUGCAUAUCGUAUCAGAUGUUAGAACGAAGAGCUCCUAAUCCGCGCAGCCCUGCCCCAACUGGCACGGCGGGGGCAGGGGAGCAGCUGGCACCCCCUGCUAAGCUGCUCCGCUGCUGGGCCUGACCUCCCCGGGGCUCGGCAGCGAGGCAGAGCCCUGCCGCGCCGUCACACAAGAGCCAGCCCCAUCCAGACCAGUCCCAAGAUAAAGGUGCUGCAGAAAUGAGCUCCCGGCACUUUUCUACACAAAAGGUUGGGGCUCUGCACCCGUUUCUGUCCAAAGAAGAUUUGCGACUAUUUCAUAAGUAGGUUUGCACUAAAACACACUUUGUACUAUAAUUCUGCCCGGUAUUGUGAUCCGCAACUAGUUCAUUCCAGAGAUAAUAAUAUCCUCAGGCAAUAAAUGAGUAGGGGUUAUUUCUUAAGGAGCCUGUGGCUCUGGCAGCAGACUUGAAGUCAGUGUUGUUUACAAUUAUUUGGAAACCUGAAGGCUAAUGCAGAGGUGGGCCCCUCACGCUGCUCCCAGGCCACACCACCACUGCCCCCAGCCUCCCCUCGAGGCGCCCGUGCAGAGGGAAGGUGCACUGCCCUCAGCUUUCGCUCAGCAGCCUGUUGCACUCCCAGGCCGAUAGUUUUAUUUUUUCCCAUUAAAUCAUGCUGGUGCAAUAGCCCAGCUUAUUCGUCUGUUCACCGAGGGAUCUGGAGUGAAAGCGGCCCAGCCGUGAAUGGUGUUCAGCCCAUGAGGUCUCUGACUUUCCAGUGCCACACAGGCACCAAACCGGGCUUUUUAGGCCAGAGGCAGGUUUCCAAGGAGACAGUGUUACCCGGCCACAUUUCUUGUUUGCAAUAGCACCAGCAGCAGAGGAAGGAGUAGGUGUUACCAGAAUUAAAUGAGUUUCAUGAAGACAGAAAGACGCAGCCGAGACCCAUUUUGCUGUGAAGGAUGCUAUGAAGUCGGCUUGCUCUGCGCUGCAGGUGGGAAAGAGGGAAGGGGAGGAGGAGAGAUGAUCUUGUUGACAUAAUAUGUAAAUUGUUACCCAGGUGUUUUAAACCCAGUUCCACAGUCAGAUGCAAUCUGACAAUAGACUUAAGUAGAUAGGUAGAUAGAUAGAUAGAUAGAUAGAUAGAUAGAUAGAUAGAUAGAUAGAUAGAUAGAUAGAUAGAUAGAUAGAUAGAUAGAUAGAUAGAUAGAUAGAUAGAUAGAUAUUAUAGUCCAAUAUUUGUUCUGCUCCAUGGUUCCCAGGGUGGGAGCAAGCCUGUGUAAGACAAAAAAAGAGUCAGUCUGGUCUGACAUCACCGCUUGCUUGUGCAACGUAUAUCUGUAAAGCGCUGCCAUAGCAACUUCUGUGUACUGGACAGCUAUUUGAGUACAAGCUAUGCAUCCAUCUCUGCGGCUGAGGAACCACUUUAAGAGGUCUGUAACGUAGCUGUUCUGUGACCUGGCAGGAGGGUGCCUGUUUCCCAGCAGCAGCUGAAAAGCAAACACUCGCAGACCCAUUUAUUUCUGCUUGCAUAGCUUGUAAACAGCCACCAGCCCCUCAUAUUCCUUGCCAUCAAGCAAACUUCAUCUUGGCGAUAAUCAGGCAGUGCCACAGCAGUCAUCUUCCUAGGAGAGGUGCAGACCUGUACGAAGUACUUUGACUGCAUCAACCAGUCAAGUGUUGCCAGGGUGGUCUUGUGUUUGACGUGUCCACUAACGAGCAUUACUGGCAUUGGAAUUGCAGUCCCAAGAGCUUCUGCUCCAGGUGUGGCAAGGAAGAUGUACAUGAGUAAAUGCCACCAGCAUCAGUAGGAAUUCCGUGGGUAAGGUACCCUCUACCAGCACAGCACACCACAGUCCCUGCAGCAAGUUGCGGAUGAAGUACUUCACAUGCAUACUGGACUCAAUCCUGAGAUUUGCUGCAUGCUUCCUAGAGGAUACGAAGCCCCUGUUGGCUGGAGGGGUGUUUUAUGGGCCUGAAAUGCUCUGUACAACGCAGGAAAGAGGGCAGUUGUUGCAGACCAGCAAGUAUUUUGGGGGUAAAUCCUCUAGCUACAUUUGUCAUUAGUGUUCACCAGAACAGAAGCCUUCCCAAGCUCACCUGCUACCUCUGUUCUUCAGCAUGGAUUUUUUUCAUACUUCCAGGUACAGAAAAACAAAGACAACUGCUUCAGACAAGCCUAUGUAUUGUAGUCUUUAUAUUAAUAGCAACAUUGAUAAAUAAUAGAUCUACUUUCCUGAGCUCAGUAAUACUUUUUUGUAUAGCAGGGAGCCUGGCAUGCUUAAUACUCAGGGUUUGAGACUAAGAACAUAAGAUUUACAUCCCAUCCCUCAUAUGAUUAUUACAGAUGAUCAUCAGUAAUGGAAGUUUGGGGGAACAAUAAGUGAAAUACCAAUUCUGCAAGUUUUAGCACUGACUUUGAGUCCCACAGUUUUCUCAUUAGUUUAGAAAGAGGAAGAGAAAAAAGGCAUCGUUGCCUAAGGGAUCCAGGUAUACACCCAGGUUCCUCUCAUUCCAGCACAAGGCUGUUUUCCUUUGUGCUGGCAGGGUGCAUACAAAAGAAAAAUAAUUGGCUUCUAUUUUUCUGUUGCGCAGUAAAGGGGUAGUAUUUGCCAUUGCCCUUGACCUAGCAAGAAGGUUUGUAUAUUGUAACAAAAAUGAUUCUGCCUCCAGGGUAAGAGAAGGAGAAGCCCAACAGGCCAGGGAACAACUCCCCUCCCUGCCUUACCCCGUGUAAUCCGUCAUUAGCUCCACGGGAGUUGUUGGUAGUUACGAGCGUUUCCUCCAGCUGAGGAUCUGCCCACCGGUGUGCUCGUUCUGCUCAGGGAGUACAAGGGAGCUGCCGUAUUCCUGCGCUGCACAAGUACGCCAGUCCGUUUCUAUUGGUAACAGUUCAUGCUACUGAUUAUCACAAUGCUUCAGAAGUGCUAAUUAUCUUUUCUUAGUAAUGACUAAUAAAUCCAAAUGGAGAACAGUCCUGGAGGGUGUUAGGGUGUUUACUUUAAAAUUCACUGGCUGGGCACCAAAGUAGGCACAGAACUGACUGCUGCAGUUUGAAUUACAGUUAUUUUAUCCAGAAAAAUGUUCCAUUUUCAGAGAGUCUUGGUGAAGGCAGAGUUUGGUUAGUUUAUAUUUUGUUUUAAUGACAGCGGAGUGGGAAACUAUCCUUUUUCAUGAAAAGACUAUCACUGCCACGAUCCUUUUUCAGCCAAACCAACAGAGAUUUGAUAGUUGCAAUUCAGCCUAGGUGAGGAAGGCUUCCCAGAGCAACUGCGCCGCAGCGAUAAUUGCCUCUGACGGCACUGUGUUAGGGGCACAUUUGACAAUUAUGCAGUGAGCGUGUGUAGCUGAGAUGUCUCUCCCUCCCGCAGCAAGUCACGUAUUUGGCUAAGGAGAGCUGCUUUAUGCCCAAAGGGACGACUGCGGUGCCCGCCUGGGUGCCUGCUCCCACCUGCGGGGUGGCUGCUGCCACCAGCCGCACGGGCUGGGUCGCCAGCACCCCCUUGCUGGCUGGUUCAACCAACCCUCUGGCUGUUCCCUAAGCCUGGCUCCGGGCGAUGGUCUCCCAGCUGUUUGGUGCUGCAGGGUAUCAGUGCACGGUCAGACAAAGGGUUGGGUUUUUAGACGGGAGAAGCUGAAACGCCCAUCAGUUCGGUGAAGUUGGCAGGAGGAGAGGUAACCACUAACCCCUCAGCUGCCCAGAUGGUUCCUUCGACUUUGCCUUUAAUGACCUGGCUCACGCUUUCCACCCCAGCAAACCAAGUCAGGCUCCCAAGUAAGCGGAUGCUGAAAGAUCCAGUUCGUUUCCCCACAGAAACACAUGCCAGUCCGUAGCUAAAACCACUUGAUAGGGGCACGACGCCGCACGGUUGCGGAGCAGCCGGUGAUGGUACGAGUAAGGCCCUCCCGAGCCGGUGCACAGAGGGGUGGUCAGCUUCCACACGUACGGGCGGUUCCUACCCACCUCUUGAACGCUGUUAGCGCGGUUGUUGAAAUCAGUUUUCCAUGUAACUUUUUUUUUUCCUCAUUGUAAGAUGUUUUCACCAGAUGAAUAAAAUUGACCCUGUGGAAAACAAAAAA